CAUUAUGUGUUUAGGAUCUGGGAGGGUGUAUGGAGGGGAAGCUCCUGUAUAUAACUGAGGAGAGCUGCUGACACUUCUGAUCCUGCAUCCAGGAGCCCAGUACAUCAGUGAUCCACCCCUCUAACCCUCACCAGGACACUCUCCAUACCCUGACAAUGAGAUCCUGCCUGGCUCCAGCCAUCAGGCUGAUGCAUGCUGUGUCCAGGGACAGCUGGUAUCGGGGCUUCAUUAUGGUUCUGACAUUUUUGUUUUAUACAAGUUAUCAUCUUUCCCGGAAGCCGAUCAGUGUUGUGAAGAGUCAGUUACACAGAAACUGUUCGGAGAUUCCCAAUCCACCUGCAAAUAUUUCUGAAAAUGACACAACGUGGUGUAGCUGGGCGCCAUUCGAUCAGUCCAAUUACAAAGAACUUCUGGGUUCCCUGGACACCUCCUUCUUGGUGGCUUACGCCAUUGGCAUGUUCAUCAGUGGCAUUUUUGGCGAGCGUCUCCCCUUGCGCUAUUACUUGUCCGGUGGUAUGAUCACGUGUGGGGUGUUAACAGUCUUCCUGGGUCUGGGCUAUUACUGGAAUAUUCACGCCCUUUGGUACUAUAUUCUCUUUCAGAUACUGAAUGGACUGGCUCAGACGACAGGGUGGCCCUCCGUUGUUGCCUGCAUGGGGAAUUGGUUUGGUAAAGGAAAGAGAGGAUUCAUCAUGGGUAUCUGGAAUUCUCACACUGCUGUGGGGAAUAUACUUGGGUCACUUAUUGCAGGGGCAUUUGUCACCUCUGCCUGGGGUCUGUCCUUCAUCGUGCCCGGAGUCAUCAUCGCCUCAUGUGGAAUAAUCUGCUUCUUUUUCCUCAUUGAGUAUCCAGAAGAUGUUGGCUGCACUUCUCCUGAUCAGAUAGAAGAGAAGGGGGAGCUGGCAGACGUCCAAAUAAACAGCAGCACAGAAAACAUCUUUAAAAAUCAGCCGACCACUGACCUGGACGAGUCUAUCAGUCCACAAGAGCCCGCAGAGCACCCUCAGGCCAUCAGCUUUUGUGGAGCCCUGAAGAUCCCGGGAGUGGUGGAAUUCUCACUGUGUCUGCUGUUUGCCAAAUUGGUCAGUUACACGUUCCUGUACUGGUUGCCACUCUACAUCGCCAACGUGGCUCACUUUGAUCCUAAGCAGGCUGGAGACAUGUCCACGCUGUUUGAUGCAGGCGGCAUUGUGGGUGGAAUCUUGGCUGGACUAAUAUCUGAUUUAAUCGGAGGAAGAGCCAUCACCUGCUGCGUUAUGUUGAUCCUGACAGCACCCAUGCUAUUCAUCUACAAUCAGUAUGGGCAGAUGGCAGUUUCCACCACAGUCGCUAUGCUCAUCAUAUGUGGCCUGCUGGUUAACGGGCCCUAUUCACUCAUCACCACUGCGGUGUCUGCAGAUCUGGGAACACAUGAAUCUUUACGUGGAAAUGCCAAAGCGCUUUCUACCGUCACUGCCAUUAUUGACGGCUGUGGGUCGAUAGGAGCUGCUUUGGGCCCGACCCUUGCAUCCGUGCUCUCGUCCAAGGGCUGGAACUACGUCUUCUACAUGUUGAUUGUGUCUGACCUCCUAGCGUGUUUAUUUUUGGCUCGUCUGGUGUAUAAGGAAAUUAAAGAAUUGUGUCAUUGUUUCAAGAGGGCCAGAGGCGUUAGUCUGGCAUUAAAUCACAGUAAUUCUGGGACGGUCGAGUAGUUGUAAUGCACACUGUUCACAGAGAUGUGAUGGUCAGAUGUGCAGCACCCGGGUGUCCUGCUCCUCCUGUUCUGCUGGCCGGUUCAGCUUUACUGCUGCUAUUUUAAGUAUAAGCAAACGCUGGAAGUUUUUUUUUGUUUUUGUUUUUCAAUACAGAUUUUAAAGACUUUGGUGAUCCAAUGAACCUCCAUAUUGCAGUAUACAAACCCAUGUGACAGUGUGACAGGAAUGUUACAUUGUGUCUCAUUAUUGAAUGAGCCCAUUCAUGAUCUGUAUACAAUGUAUAUGAGAACAAUUCCAGAGACAGAGAUGAAAACAUAUAUUUUUUGUAUGUUGAGACAGCAAAGAAAAUGUGAAUAAAAUCUACCUAAAAUACA